UUGGGUUCCAAUGGGAAGUUUGAAGUUUUUUCUGUCACAAUUUUUUUACUGUGUUGCAAUGGUUGGUGCUUCCUUCAGUCUCCUCUCACCCAAAGGUGUCAACUUUGAAGUGGCUGCACUAAUGUCUAUGAAGAGAGAAAUGAGAGAUGAAAAACAUGUAUUAGAUGGAUGGGAUAUUAACUCUGUAGACCCUUGUACUUGGAACAUGGUCGGCUGUUCUUCAGAGGGCUUUGUUACUUCACUAGAAAUGGCCAGUGUGGGAUUAUCUGGUACCCUUUCGUCGAGUAUCGGGAACUUAACCCACCUUCGUACAAUGUUAUUACAGAAUAAUCAGUUGUCUGGAGAUAUCCCUGCAGAGAUUGGAAAGCUUUCUGAAUUACUCACUCUUGACCUCUCCGGCAAUGAGUUUAUCGGUCAAAUUCCAAGUUCUCUUGGUUUUUUAACUAAUUUAACUUACUUGAGGCUUAGCAGGAACAAAUUGUCUGGACGAAUUCCCAAAUCUGUUGCAGACCUUACGGGUCUUUCAUUCUUGGACUUGUCCUUCAAUAAUCUGAGUGGCCCUACCUCAAAAAUAUUAGCUAAGGACUAUAGUGUUGCAGGGAACACCUUUCUUUGCUCUUCAUCCUCACAAAUUUGCAUGCAUAUUCCCAAACCAGUGAAUGAAACAAAUUCAAUCACCAGGGUUAGCAGUCAUCAUCAUCAUCGGGUUAUUGCUGUUAUCAUUGGAGUCAGUUGCACAUUUGUAGUCUCUGUCAUGCUUCUUGUUUGUUGGGUGCAUUGGUACAGAUCCCGUCUUCUAUUUACAUCAUAUGUGCAGCAAGAUUGUGAGUUCAAUAUUGGCCAUUUAAAAAGGUUUACAUUUCGUGAGUUACAAACUGCAACAAGCAACUUCAACUCUAAAAAUAUACUUGGGCGAGGAGGAUUUGGGGUUGUCUAUAAAGGUUUUCUGCCAAAUAGGACAGCGGUGGCAGUCAAGAGACUACGAGAUCCAAACUUCACUGGGGAAAUGCAGUUUCAGACCGAAGUUGAGAUGAUAGGCUUGGCUGUGCACCGGAAUCUUCUACGUCUAUAUGGAUUCUGUAUGACCCCUGAGGAGAGAUUACUGGUUUACCCUUUUAUGCCUAAUGGGAGUGUUGCAGAUCGCUUACGAGACACUGGUCAGGAGAAACCAUCAUUAGAUUGGAGCAAGCGCAUGCAUAUUGCCCUUGGAGCUGCUCGUGGUCUUCUAUAUUUGCACGAACAGUGCAAUCCAAAAAUUAUUCAUAGAGAUGUGAAAGCUGCAAACAUAUUGCUAGAUGAAAGUUUUGAAGCCAUUGUUGGGGAUUUUGGUCUAGCUAAGCUCCUAGACCCUAGGGACUCCCAUGUUACAACUGCAGUCCGUGGUACUGUAGGACAUAUUGCCCCCGAGUAUCUCUCGACAGGUCAAUCUUCUGAGAAAACUGAUGUAUUUGGAUUUGGCAUACUACUCUUGGAACUCAUAACCGGGCAAAAGGCAUUCCAUGCUGGUAAUGGUCUGGUUCAGAAAGGAAUGAUCCUUGAAACAGUCAGAACCUUGUACGAGGAGAAAAGACUAGAAGUUCUUGUGGAUAGGGAUUUAAAGGGACGUUUCUCUGCAGAAGAGCUCGAAAAGGCUGUUGAAUUGGCUCUGCAUUGCACUCGAUCAAAUCCUGAGCUCCGGCCAAAAAUGUCAGAAGUCUUGAAAACCUUGGAAGGUAUUUCUGGUCAGAGGGAGUGCUUGGAGAUGUCACAAUGUGGAAUGGAACCUUGUGAAGGACAAACUUUCAGUUUCUCCAGGAAUUUCACUGAUGUUCAUGAAGACUCUUCCUUCAUUAUUGAGGCAAUUGAACUCUCAGGGCCCCGAUAACAUAUGCAGAAUCUGAAUCCAAGUGUAAUUAACAGAAGAUUUUCUUUUCAAGAAUUUUUAGCCAUGAUUAACAGUUUUUUGUAGUUUUAAAUUCUAAUGGAUGUUUAGUAGGAUUUAAAUCCUGAUGAAUUUAUAACCAGGCUAAAAGAACAAGAACGAAUGUUAUCUUGUAAGAUUUUUAAAAAUUCUCCAAUCAAGUGUGAUUGGAAUUUAGAUUAAAUCCUUACGAAGGAACAAUAAACAAUAUGGAUUUGGAUUGGCUCUAUGGCCUAUGCUGUUUGGUCUAUCACUUCAUGCCGAAGGAGGCAAUUCCUCGA